GAACCGAAUCGCACGCGCCGCGCGAUUUUCCGCUUAGAUAAAUUUGCAACCGAUGACAUUCCGAUUUAAAAAAGGAAAACUGUACUGAAGCAAUAAAAGUUUUUAAUUUAUAUUCCAUGAAUUAAUUUUCAAUAGAACAGUGACAAUAUUUAUGUAUAGUCGUUCUUGUGUUUUAGUGACAAUGUUCUGUGACUUUCUGAGAAAGUGAUAUUUUGUAGAAUAUUUUAAAGGAAUUAUCACAAAAGUAUGUGCUGCUGUUUAUCGCUGACCUCCCAAAUAACUAUAACUCUGCUGAAGGGUAUUCCUUGCAAGACGAAUUUCCGGUAAUUCACCGACUACAUUGACAUCAUGGCUGAGAACAGGUUUCAAGUGUCCACCGUAGAAGGAGAAUCCAAGAAGAAUGGUAUACAUUUGGGUACAAGUAUUAUAUCGAGGCCGCUUCGGUCGUCAGCGGAGGCAACAGAACGUGGUGUAGCGGUUGUAGGCCAAAACGCACAGGGCAAUCUAGGCUCUGAAACAUGGCUUCACGAUGCGGGAUGGAGGAGAAAACGAUCACUCGCACAACUCACGAGGGAAGCCCUACCGAGGAUGGAAAACUACAGAAAUUCAAAGCGUGCCUUAAAACGGCCGAGCCUCGGCGAAUUACACGGAGACCAUCUUAUUACGGAAGAGGACGAAAGAGAACAGAGAGAUAUCAAGUCGCCGACGCCACACGCAGGGAUCAAACUAGGAUGGAUCCAGGGCGUACUGAUACCAUGCCUAUUAAAUAUUUGGGGCGUGAUGCUGUUUCUGCGCAUCUCCUGGGUGGUGUCGCAGGCUGGGAUCGGCCUAUCCCUGGUCAUCAUCGCGAUAUCAUCGGUCGUCUGUGUCAUCACCACACUCUCACUCAGCGCCAUCUGCACCAAUGGAGAAGUAAAAGGAGGAGGAAUUUACUACAUAAUAUCAAGAUCUCUUGGGCCAGAAUUCGGCGCAUCAGUAGGUAUUAUCUUCGCGUUUGCCAACGCCGUAUCGGCCAGCAUGAACACUAUUGGUUUCUGUGAUUCUAUGAAUAAUCUGCUGAAAGAUCAGGGGGUGAAGAUCUUCGACAAUGGAGCUAAUGACACGAGGCUUGUUGGCGCUAUAGCAUUGGUAGUAAUGUGCCUCAUUUGUGCUGUUGGUAUGGAUUGGGAGAGUAAAGCUCAGAAUUUCCUGAUCGCGGUAAUAAUGGCUGCAAUUAUGGAUUUCAUAAUCGGAGCUUUCAUGGGCCCCAAGUCACCUAUAGAAGUCGCACAGGGAUUUGUCGGGCUGAGCGUGGAUACAAUUAAUUCGAAUUUUGGAUCAGCGUACACCGAGGAUCAGAAUUUCUUUGCUGUUUUCGCGAUCUUCUUCCCCUCAGUCACUGGCAUCCAGGCUGGUGCUAACAUAUCUGGAGAUUUAAAGGACCCUUCAUCAGCAAUUCCAAAAGGUACCUUGUUGGCACUGCUAUUCUCCAUGAUAAGCUACGCGGUAAUGGUGCUUGUAUCAGGUGCUGGUGCCCUAAGAGACGCUUCUGGGAACCUUACCGACCUCAUAGACAACUCCACGUACGACCUCAGUACUAUUGUACAUAAUGCCACUUAUCAGUAUGGACUACAUAAUAGUUACACAGUAAUGCAACUGAUGUCAGCAUGGGGCCCAUUCAUCUACGCCGGCUGCUGGGCUGCCACUCUGUCAACCGCUCUCACCAACCUGCUAUCAGUCCCUCGUCUAAUUGCCGCACUAGGUGUCGACCGCAUCUACCCUGGACUUAUCUACUUUGCCAAGCCUUACGGCCGUGCUGGAGAGCCUUAUCGGGGAUAUGUACUUACCUUCUUCGUUUCACUUGCAUUUUUGCUUAUAGCCAGUUUGGACACGAUUGCGCCGUUGAUCUCUAAUUUCUACCUGGCGUCGUAUGCGCUGAUAAAUUUCUGCACAUUCCAUGCGGCCAUCGUACGCCCGCUAGGCUGGCGGCCUACCUUCCGGUACUACAACGCUUGGUUAUCGCUAAUGGGAUGCUUGAUGUGCGUGCUGAUCAUGUUUUCCAUCAGCUGGCUAAACUCUGUAAUUACCUGCGUCAUCUUCUUUGCGCUCUACCUCGUCGUGCAAUAUAGAAAACCAGAUGUGAACUGGGGUAGCAGUACACAAGCACAGACAUACAAAGUCGCCCUAUCAAGUGCUCAUAACCUGGCUCGUACGGGCGAGCAUGUAAAAAACUAUUGGCCUCAACUAUUAGUACUGGCAGGAAGACCUCAAACGCGUCCUGCUCUCGUCGACCUAGGAAACCUGAUCACGAAGGCUGGUUCUUUAAUGAUCAUUGGCGAUAUCUCACAGACAAAACUGUCCUACAAAGAACGAGCAUCCCGCGCCCGACAAAGUGACGAAUGGCUACGUGGUAGGAAAGUAAAGGCAUUCUACUCUAAUGUGCACGGGUUCAACUUCGAGUUGGGUGCGCGUGCGCUGGUGCAGGCCGCUGGCGUCGGCAGACUUGCGCCCAAUGUUCUGCUUAUGGGAUUCAAAGCUGAUUGGACGACAGCCCCUUGUCAGGACUUAGUUUCUUACUUCAAUGUGUUGCAUACGGCAUUCGAGAACAAGCUGGCAGUAGCAAUAGUCCGCGUACCUGGCGGGUUGGACUACGGGUGCGUAGUGGCAGAGGAAACGCCGAGCAACGGUCUGACAGCCACGUCGAGUGGCUCCGGCGAAUUGCGAGCUUGCUUGAGGUUGCCGCACACGCAGAUGCUACACGCCGAUUCUGACUUGGACAUCAGUUCUACACCAAAGAAUAAUCUUACAAACAUGAUAUCUCUAACGACAUCACGUUCCUUUACAAUAUCGGAGUGCAAAGACAAAGAUAAGAAAAAGGAGAAAAAGCCGCUGGAUAUGCAUCGGCAGAUCGUCUACAAGACUUCCAAUGGAACCGAAUUGUCCAAGGACCAGUUGUCACAAAUGUCAAUUUUCCAAAAGAAACAGGAGUCAGGCACUCUGGACGUGUGGUGGCUGUAUGACGACGGAGGAUUAACGAUCCUACUUCCGUACAUCAUAUCGCAGCGUUCCACGUGGGGCAACUGUAAGCUCAGGAUCUUCGCGUUAGCUAACCGGCGCCACGAGAUGGAACUCGAGGAGAGAAACAUGGCGAAUCUAUUGUCCAAGUUUCGAAUAGACUACUCUUCGCUAACAAUGGUGCAAGACAUCACUGAAGCGCCUCAGGACAAUACGAAGAAACUGUUCGAAGAAGUUACUAAGAAAUUUACCGAUGAGUCUGCUAGCGAAGAGUGCCGCAUAAGCGAGACGGAGAUGCUGACUUUGGCGGGCAAGACGAAUCGGCAGCUGCGGUUAAGGGAACUGCUGCUCGCCAACUCCAAAGACUCUAGGCUAGUUGUCAUGUCGCUGCCGAUGCCUCGCAAGGAUUCGGUGUCAGCACCGUUGUACAUGGCGUGGUUGGAGAUGCUGAGUCGAGACCUACCACCAGUCCUCUUUGUGCGCGGCAACCAGACCUCCGUGCUCACCUUCUACUCUUAGGUGUAGCAAUGGACUCUUACUUCCCGCUUACUACUUAACUCGUGCAAACUGGCCAUUGAAAAACGCGUGAAAACGCGUGAAAAAGGCAUGAGAAAGGUCUGCUGAACUCAUCACAAACUAUGUGAAAAUUGGGACUGAAUAUAAACGCCGUGUCCAAGUGAAUUUGUGAUAUUUAAUAGAUACCAUGUUUGCCCUUAAGAAAGUUUGUAUCGUGUUCUCGCUGGUUGUACGAUUGUUGGCUGCAAACCUGAAUUGAUUGACAUGAGACAGUUUAAAUAGCCUCGACCA